CUCUUAUCUUGUUUCAUUUUACCCAGUGCUCUUGGCAUUCCCGAUCUUGCUUGUUACUCCAAGGCCAAAAUCUACUUCCUUGGACUGGGGCAGCUCGUCUGGCCGAUGAAGUACAGAUCGACGCCAACAGCAAGAGAAGGCGGGAUCGUGCUACCGUGAAUGAGGUGCCUACUCUCCUCAAGGUGACUCAACAGUAGAAAGGCGACGAAUCGUACAGAUGGCCGAGAUCGACACGAGGCCGCUAGAAUCUGUGCAGGCUGCGUUGAACAUCUUCGAACAGAGAAGUGACCACAGCAGGUUCAGCAGCCCUGACAGAAACGAGCAGGAGAUCGACGUCGUAAGGAAGGAGCUCGCCGCGUGCAAGCUUCAGCUGGAGGUGAAGGAGAACGAGAACAGGCAGGCAAACCUAAGGAUGGAAGCUCUGAACAAGGCCAUGCAGGAGCUGUCGGAGAAGUAUGACGGCGCGUGCCUGGAGGCGUACGACCGCAUCGCGGAGCUCGAGACCGACGUCGUCCUGAUCACGAGCCAGCAAUCCAAGACGGCGUCGGAGUGCCAGGUGCUGCGCGACGAGCUGGCCGCUGCCAGAGGCGAGCUGGGCGCCGUGAAGAAUGCCAACGAGUACGUGCUGGGCGAGGUGGAGUCGAUGGAGACGAGGAGGAUCCUGGAGCGGGAGAGCACCCGGGACGGGCUGAUGCGCGUGCUGGAGCUGAACGAGGCCGUUCUUGCAUCGGCCGUCGCGGCGAUGAGGGCGGAGGAGGAGAGGUCUGUGUUCUUCCAGGAGGCCACGCUUGAGCUGGUCAGUUCGGGUAGGAACGUGGAGGCGAUCCAGAGGCAGAAGGAGGCGAUGGAGAGCAUGGAAGGGGAGCUGCUGGCCAAGACGGUGGAGGUGGACUGUCUCCGGUCCGAGCUGAAGAAGCUCAGGGAGCUUUACGUCUCCACAGAAAUAGCUGCGAAAGAUCAAGAACAAGGACUGGAUGUCGCCCUCCAGCACGCAGAGAAGGAAACCUGUCUAGCCACUGAAAUCUCCAGUGAAGUUGAUCAUGAGGAUGGUGAGACGACUGAACAUGUCGUUGGAGCAGAAGUUGUUAUGGUUCCAGACUCGACGGCAUGCCAAGGCGACUCAGAGGUCGCAGAUACGUAUUUUGAUAGUGAAUUACCGGGGGAUCAGAAUGUUCAAUAUGAUGACGAUGGGGUUCUCGGGAGUAUCAGCGGUUCAAUGCCUGAACACGUUGCGGAAGGUCAGGAGGAACCGGAAAUGGGAAAUCGCUUCGUGGCUGAAAGCCCGAGGGAGGACUUCCAGAGCGUGGACUCUGAAUAUUGUAAGGACAUCAGCGCCGGCAUCGGCAUGCCGGAAAACUUGGCAGGCAACAGAGGCUCAAGGCCGGAGGGUGUUACUGAGACUGAGAUCGUCGUGGUGAACUCUAAAGAUGGGUUACCGGCGUCCUCGAAACAGAAAAAGGAAGUUCGUUUCUUGGAUGAAAGUUUCAAAAGCAUGAACUCUGACGAUUGCAAGGACAUGAACGCCGGCAUGGGCGUGCACAAAAACCGGGCAGGAAGGAGGCGCUCAGAGCCAGAGGUUGCAGGUGCGGGCCUUGUCACCGAGAUCGUGGUGGUGAACUCCAAAGAGGGCCACGGCGAUUUGUACAAGAAGGAGGUCGUGGAUACCGACAAGCUCAGGGACGGGUACGUGCUCGUCGCAAAGAAGAACGCCGGGACCGAUGGUGAGGAGGCGCUCAAGGACGAGAAGCUUGACGCGGCGCACACGGAGAUCAGCGACCUGAGGUUCAGCCUGGAGGAGGCGGUGAGGCGGGCGGAGCUGGCGGAGGAGGCAAAUGCAGCGUUGGCGAGGGAGCUAAAGAAAGAGAUUAAGACGAAGCAGCGGCAGCCGCGUCCCACGGAGGACGCGCGCGGCGGGAAGUGCAAGUUCUAUGCUUCUCCUGCCAGGCCGCCGGCGCCGGCGCCGGCGCCGUCUGAGGACCAAAGAAGGGUGGCGAGGCCAGCGCCGAGCUGCGUGACCUUGGGGAAGGUGCUCAACAUGAAGUACAGGUGAAGCGUCAGGGCUUUGUACCCUGUCAGUGAUUUCGCUUGCAUGUCAUUGCUAAG